AUGGAUGCUAUCAUAUGGAAUGUAAGGUCAGUGAACACUAAGCAAGCUUUUGAAAGAAUAAUUACAAUGCAUAGACAACAUCAUUUUGAAUUUAUUGGGAUUCUGGAGCCUAUGCAGCAAUCUAACAAAAUUGAGAGAUAUAGGGCAAGGAUUGGGUUAGCACAAGCUGUGGUAAAUGUUUCUAAUAAGAUUUGGGCAUUCAUAGAUGAAGUUUUUGAAGUUGAUAUUCUGUAUAAUAUGGCACAGCAGCUGACUCUUAGAUUAUUUCAUACUGAAACACAUGUUGAGCUGGUUCUUACUCUAGUAUAUGCAAAAUGUGAUCAUAUAGAAAGGAUUGAACUAUGGGAUUCUUUAUAUGCAAUGGCUGUAGAUAUGAGUGUUCCCUGGUUGGUAGGAGGAGAUUUUAAUGUGAUAUGGGAUGAGGAAGAAAAAUAUGGAGGAUUACCUGUGUCUCUCAAUGAAGUAGAUGAUUUUAGACAUUGUAUGAAUACCUGCAACUUGACAGAUUUGGGCUUUAAAGGGAGUAUCUAUACAUGGUGGAAUGGGAGAUCUGAGGAAGAUUGUAUCUUUAAGAGACUUGAUAGAUGUUUUGGGAAUGCUGAAUUGCAACAGACUUUUCCUGGUUUGGAAGUUACUCACUUGUCCAAAACAGGAUCUGACCAUAGACCAAUGUUAUUAAAAUGUGAUAUUGAAACUUCUCCUAUUAAGAAACCUUUUAGAUUUCUUAAUUUCUGGGUUAAACAUGAAUCAUUCAAAGAUGUUGUUAAAGAAAAUUGGUCAGCAGAUUUCAGUGCUAGUUCCUUUGUUAUCUUCAACUACAAAUUGAAGAAAUUAAAGAAGGCACUGUCAACAUGGAGUAAAGCUACAUAUGGGGAUAUUUUUCAAAGAAUUGCAAGCCUAGAGGAAGUAGUCCUGGUGCAUGAAAGACAAUUUGAAUUAAAUCCAACAGUGAUGAACAGGCAGAGAUUACAAUGUGUUCAAGCUGAAAUGAUCAAAUAUCUUGCUUUGGAGGAAGAUUUCUGGAGACAAAAAUCAGGCAUGACAUGGUUUAAGGAGGGGGAUAGAAACACCAAAUUUUUUCAUGCACAG